AAUCGUCUUUUGUUCUCCCUUUAACUUGUUCUGCUUCUGCUACGUGUUGACCGUGUUGCUGUGUUGACAUUUGGUGCAAGUUCUUUUCCUAUUUUGUUUUAUUUAUUGAAUGACUUGAACUUCAUCAUGGGUAAAUCUGUAGUGGCGGAUGAACAACUUUGGUCGUACUGUAAACAAUAUAGCCCUGCCAAAGGAUACGUCAUUGGACUCGUUUUGGGACAGUGUUCGAAAGCAAUUGAUUAUGUCGUUCAUCUGGCGCGCAUACCUCCUCCAGACAGUUCGAAGGAUGAAAAGGAUGAUGAACAGAAGCCCAAAACUGCGAAAGGUUUAUUGUUGCCAGAAAUAAAGGAAUCGUGGGUUGCUAACCAUGCCUGUGAUGUUACAAGAAUGUUACCUGGAGGUAUGUGGGUCCUAGGACUUUUUCUAAUUGGACAAAAUGAUCCAUUCGAAAGUCAACAGAACGCUUCACGCCUACGCUCUAUUCUGAGGCAUGUUCGAACUGAACUUCAAAAGAAUUCUCUAUACGGUGACAGUCCAUCAUCUGAGAAACUUAUACUUCAUUUGAACAUUCAAAAGAAUUUGGUAGCCUGUCGAUCAGUAGACCUUGAUGGUUCAGGCAUUCGUCCAAUUGACUGGAAGUUCCAAAAAAAUCCUGUUGUUUGGAAUCAAAUUGAGUGUAUUUUAGAUCUUAACUACGUAAAGCACCUAAGCCAAGAAGAAUCUUCAAAACAACUAAGGAACCAACUGGAGGCUCUGGUCAAAGCAGUUAAUGGCCAAAUCAAUGAAUCAGUGUGCACUCUGUCUGAUGAACUCAUGGACCCUGAAGAUUUGGUUGAAAAUAUCUUCAAGAACCAAAAGGGCAAAUCCUCCAAGAAAAAGAAUGCAAAGGGCAGUGGUGAUGAACCUUAUAUUCUUUCUGCCAGUUUAUACAUGCCCAUGGUUGGAGGAGUAGAUAUAAAGACCCCAUCCGGAGUGAAAUUGAACAAGGGAGCUGGAAUAAUGAAUUUCACUGGCAGCCCUGUGAGCCGAGUGUUUGUUCACCAGAAAGCAACUGUUGAUGAAGCUUGCAAAGCUGUGAAACAGGAUAUUAUGAGAUCAAUUGCAACACGGUUGCAUAUGCAUGCAGACUCACUUGUUGAGGAAGACCCACCUGAAGACCAAGAGACUUUACAUGAUCCACCAAGGAGAGUUAUGAUCAAGCUGCCUUCUACCAAUGUAACAUUCUCAGAUUAUAUUUUCCCUGGUGAGGGACCAGAGGAGGCUCUUGUGUCUGCAGAAGAGUUGUUAGACCUGAAGCUGGAGUUGGAAGAUGUAGAAAAGGAUGUUGAAAUAUCGGCAGAUAGUGGAGUGGGGCUAGAGUGGAGUGGAAUUGAGCCAAGUGACAAGUCUAGGCUAGAUGCAGCACCAUCUCAAGAGAAGACCAGUUACGUUAUUUUUAUAUGCAUUGGUGCUCUGGUAGCAGCACUUAUCGCAAUCCUUCUGCAACUGCUUUCCAGUUCUAAAUAGAAUAAUGCAAACUAUGUGAUUUUGUAUGUUUUUUAUGACUUGAUGCAAGGCUUCAGGGUACGUGUUCACUUGCCAGUGCAUAUCAAGGCAUUCCGGAUAUUCUAAUUGUAUGUUAAAGAAUUUUUUGAGCUCUUUUUAUAUUAGGAAAAUAACCCUUUGCACAUUUUCUUGUCAAAACUUUUGUUUUUCCAAUAAAAUGUCGAUUUUUUUAAUUCGC